CACGCUCUAUUUAUACCACGCGACCAUCGCAUACCGCGUAUUAGAGUGCCCUUAACUCAAUGCCCAAAAGAUUUUCAGAAGUCAUCAGAGGAACCCUAUCCAGAUUUAUUUUUUGUGGAAAUUGUUGAAUGGAAAGCAACAACUCAUUUUGCUUUGGGAAAAGUGCUAAGACGAUUUGGGCGAGAAGGUGAAAUAGACUCUGAAACGCAGGCUAUCCUAGCAGAAUAUCAAGUAGAUACAUCUCCAUUUUCGGAUCAAAUUUUAAAAGAUUUGCCCUCUGAUUGGCAAAUAUCGAAGAAACAAUUAAAAUGCCGCAAGGACUUACGCUCAUCAUGUAUAUUCACCAUUGAUCCAGCAACAGCUAAAGAUCUUGAUGAUGCUCUAUCAUGCGAGCCGUUAGAGAAUGGUAACUUUGAAGUGGGCGUGCAUAUUGCUGAUGUCAGUUACUUUGUUCGAGAAAAUACCCCAGUUGAUACGUUAGCAAGCAAAAGAACACUGACGUUUUACUUAGUUCAAAAGGCCAUAACUAUGCUACCUCCAGCACUAUGUGAAAAUUACUGCAGUCUUAAUCCGGGCGAAGACCGUUUAACAUUUUCCGUAGUUUGGGAAUUAACGCCGAACGGAAAGAUAGUAAAGGAAUGGUUUGGGAAGUCAGUUAUACAUUCAUGUUGUAAAAUGAACUACGACCACGCACAGAGUGUUCUGGAUAAUCCAUCAAAAACCUGGACAUCACAAGACUUUCCUCAAAUAUAUGGUGACCAUACAGUAUCAAAAAUUGUCAGUGUCAUAUUAAAUCUAAACAAGAUUGCUCAAGAAUUACUGAAAGGAAGGUUAUCAUCCGGAGCCAUAGAAUUGAACCAGCCAAAACAAUGGUUCUCGCUUGACAGCGAUUCUGGCUAUCCAACGAGCUGUAAAACAUAUGAAAUGAAAGAAAGUAAUGGAUUGGUAAAAGAAUUUAUGCUUUUAGCUAACAUCUCAGUAGCUAAAAAAAUCCUUACAGGUUUUACUAGCACAGCUUUCCUCCGUCGACAGCCAUCGCCAUGCGCUCAAAUGAUAUCGAAAGUGACUAAUUACUGCAAGAACUUUGAUAUUCACUGUGAUGGCGACAACUAUCGUAGUCUUCAGGCUUCUUUAUUAGCGAUCGGAACGAACGAUAAAGACGGUAUUCACACUCAGGCUGUGAGUCAUAUAUUCUUAAGGGCUAUGACGAGAGCGGAAUAUUUCUGUAGUGGAACAUUUGAAUCUCAUGAUAGCUUCAAGCAUUAUUGUCUAAAUAUUCCGUUAUAUACACAUUUUACGUCACCAAUUCGACGUUACCCAGAUAUUAUCGUCCAUCGACAAUUAUUUAACUUAUUAGAAGGGAAAUCACAAGAUAAUUCUAUGAUCACGAAUACAGCAAAACUAGAAUCUAUAGCAAAAGUUUGCAACGAACGAAAGCUAGCUCAGUUUAAUGUUGGCAAAAAGAGCUCCGAAUUGUUUUUCUCCUUUUUUGUCAGAAGUUGCGAACCUCUACAUGAAGAUGCAAUAGCUAUAUCUUUAUUAGAUAGUUCUUUUGAUGUUUUAUUAGUUAAAUAUGGCUUAGUUAAAAGAGUUUAUUGCAACAACGUUCACCUGGAAAGCUGGAAGCUGACUCGAGUACGUAAAAAAGCUAAACUAAUUCUAUAUUGGAAA